AUGUCUGGAACUUCCAACGUCGGUAACUCUGCUGUCUACGAGGCCGCAGACCAGAGAACCUACAAGGACUCUGAGCUCGAGGAGCAGAAGAAGGAGGCCCGAUUCCACGAGGGCAAGGAGCACUCUCACAAGGCCAACGACCCCAAGGACGAGCGCACCAUUGCCAACAAGCUUGAGCGUGAGGAGAAGCGCGAGAAGGAGGGCGACGAGGAGUCUCUCCAGACCCAGCAGAUCAAGCAGGAUGCUACCCUUCCCGCUAGAUCUCACGGCAACGAGCCCAGCAAGGGCGCCAAGAUCGACCAGCAGAUCAAGGAGGAGGAAGAGGCCGAGCUCAAGAAGAAGGGCUCUUUCGGUCCUUCCAACUAA